AUACUAAUCUUCUCUUUCUUUCUUUCUUCCUUUCUUCAAUCACCGGAAAACAAAGUCGGUGACAGAAAGCGUCGCAACCUCGAUCCGAUGACGACCGCCGCUAGACCAACCUGGGCACCUGCCAAAGGUGGAAACGAACAAGGCGGUACUCGAAUUUUCGGUCCUUCCCAAAAGUACUCUUCAAGAGAUAUCGCAUCGCACACCACUCUCAAACCUAGGAAAGACGGGCAGGAUACACAGGAUGAGUUGAAGAGAAGGAACCUUCGCGAUGAACUUGAUGAACGUGAAAGGAGGCACUUCUCAUCAAAAAAUAAAUCUUAUAAUGACGACAGGGAUCAUGGAAGGAGUGGCCAUCUAUUUUUGGAAGGAACAAAAAGAGAUAUUGAAGACAACAUCAUUCCACGCAGUGUUGAUGCAGAUGAUUCUGACGUUGAAGUCAACAGUGAUGAUGAAAGUGAUGACGACGACGAUGAGGAUGACACUGAAGCUUUGCUGGCUGAGCUCGAACAAAUAAAGAAGGAAAGGGCACAGGAAAAGCUGCGCAAGGAACAACAACAACAAGAGGAAGAUCUUAAAGUAAAGGAGGCAGAGCUUAUGCGUGGAAAUCCAUUGAUAAAUAAUCCGACAUCUUUCAGUGUCAAAAGAAGGUGGGAUGAUGAUGUGGUGUUCAAAAAUCAAGCCCGUGGAGAAACAAAGCUCGCAAAGCGAUUCAUCAAUGACACCAUCAGGAAUGAUUUCCAUAGGAAAUUCCUGCACAAAUACAUGAAGUAAGAACUUAUGUCAGAAGCAUGGGUUGUUUGGGGCCUGAAGAAACUUUUGGUUUGUACCUUAAAAUGUAAAAUAUUGUGUUGGUUGAUACAUUUCACUUAUUUGUAUUUGAACACAAUACUCUGUUGUAAUAACUUUGUCCAAUUUAUGAUUUGGAUCUAAAAAUGUUUGAAUAGUUUUUAAAUCAA